UUCAAAUAUGUCAUUCAUCUUGGCAGCGGUGCUUCCCACCGUCGCCAAGCCCUCAUGCGAGUUAGAUAUAGCCCAAUUGAGGCAUGUUUGGGUAGAUGGACUUACAUACUUGGCCAGGUUCCUUCGGCAGUGUCCUCCAUUAGUGGCAUCAAGCGAGAGCGUAAUCUCCUUCGAAAAGAAAGGUGCAUGCCUAACAACACACGCCAUAGACCCUGUGGUUGUCGCAACCCUUCAAACGGUAUUUUCAGAAGAUUUUUUGAGGGCGUUACUGCUGUGGAUUACAAGGAUGGGGUUUUUCGACGAGCGACGGGCUGAUGCUUUCCUGAAGGCAUCACAACGACAAAGGGAUAAGUUGGAAGUGGCUGAGGCACGCCGCUCUUCGACCCUUGACUUGAUCUAUGCAAGCUACAAGACCCACCAAGAUCUCAAAUCGGCCUCUUGGUUCUCAAGGCUUGGACGACGGCUGUUUGGUGCCGAUACCGCACCAACGUUCGACUCUAACAUUGUUCAGGAGGAGUACAUUUAUCGAGGAAUUUCGAAGGUUGAUAAUCCGUUCCUUUUCACUGUUGAAAGUAAUGCUAAAGAGGUGGACUCCGUUUGUGAAUUCCUAACAGUUAUAUUGUGGAAGUGUUACAGCAGCGAUAUGCAAAGACGGCUAGCCUUCAACAACUCAGUUAAGCGACAAGUUCUUAACACUGUAGCGUAUUCAGGGCCAACAUCAAAGUUUUUGUGGGUACACUUACUUACCCGAUAUGGUAGCUCUUUGGUCAAAAUCAAAGGGAUACAAUGGCUUGCACCGGGUGAGGGUUCUAUGCAUGGAAAUGCAUUCAUUUCGGCCUUGGUUAUAAUGGCAGCCAUCUUGCAACACGAAUUUACGCUUCUCAGUAAUGAAGACUUCCGAAAAGGAUUGCCAUUGGCUCAAGCACACAUUGUGCAUCUGGUAAAGACGCUCAAGGUUUUCUGCUACGAAGGUUGUUUAGCGCAUACAGAUGAGAAGGUUUUGAUGCCUACUACUACGAUGACUACAGCUGAGACAUCAACGAGUGACUCGUCUGUUUCGCCUGCUGUAUUGGAUGUUAGCUACACUCGUUUUGUCCUGACGACACUUUGCCGUUUUUUAGCUACCUUGUACAAUCGGUGGUCUCGGAAAGCUUUCUGCGCACUCUCUGUUUGGGUGUUAAGUGACGCGAAUUUUACUUUUUUACGCCAUGACUCACGUCAUUGGUCACCCAGGGCGAAGCUCUUGCUUCACUUACUGCCCUUCACUAUACCAUUUUCCGAGCGAUUGACCUUGUUUCGAGAGUGGAUACAAAGCGACAAAGAUACAUUCCAAAAUCGUUCAGCACCAAUCGUAGUCAAAAUCCGGCGCGCUUCACUCCUUGACGACGGUUUAUCUAUGCUCAAUUCGUUACCAGAAGAGUUUUUAAAACGACGGAUCGUAGUGGUAUAUGUAUCCGAAGCUGGCACACAAGAAAGCGGAAUCGACUUAGGUGGCCUAUUGAAAGAUUAUAUUACAGAUGCGUGCCGCCUGCUUUUUGAUCCAGCCUUCGGACUCUUCAGAACAAAUCGUUCGGGGUUCUUGUAUCCUAAUCCAAUUGCUCCCUUGAUUCAUAAUGACUACGCCACUCUGUUUGAGUUUGCUGGCAAAAUUGUGGGUAAAGCAAUGUACGAAUCCGUCGUGGUAGCCCCAUUGUUUCUUCCUAUGGUACUUGGGCAUAUGCGAGGGCACUAUGACUAUAUGCAGAUGCUUCAAGACCUUUCCGAUGUAUCUGAAGAGCUGUAUAAGAAUCUUUUGUAUUUGCAGAGCUGCGAAGAUGAUGCAGUUUUAGACGAAUUAGGACUGUGUUUCGCCGUCGCCCACCAAGACCUGGGAAGACAGCAUGAAGAAGAGCUAAUAGAAGGUGGUGCCCAAAUUCCCGUGUCAAAAGCAAAUCGGUUGGAGUAUAUCCAACUGGUCACGAAGCAUCAUGUCGUAGAUAGAAUUGCUGAACAGUCUAAAGCAUUUUGUCGCGGGUUUCAUCAAAUUAUUUCUCCAUCAUGGCUAAGAGUCUUUAAUGAGUGCGAGCUUCAGCUGCUUGUCAGUGGUUCCAUAGGCGGAGAAUGGGAUGUUGAAGAUCUUAGACGGCAUUCUCGAUACGGACAGGGAUAUCGGGGAGCAGACAAAGCCGUCCGCAUACUUUGGGAUGUGCUAGAAGAGCUUGAUUAUGAAAAGCGCAGACAAUUUUUGCACUUUGUCACGUCCUCGGACCGAGCCCCGCUAGGAGGGUUUACGAAUCUGGACCCUGUUUUCACAAUCACUCGGGCUUCCUUAGCUCAGGGAUGUGAGAAACGAUUGCCAAUGGCCCGUACUUGUUUCAACGAACUUAUUUGGCCAUGCUACACAAGUAAACUUGCAGCCAAAAACAAAUUGUUGCAAGCCAUCAGCUCUGGUGCAGGAUUUGAGCUAACCUGAG